AUGGAACCCUUGGCUAUUCAAGUUCAGCUCGGCCCCGGAGCCAUGACGCAGUGUGUUUCCACACCACGGAAAGAGGCGUCCUGCCUGAGACGAACAGAGUGCCUAGCCAAAGAUCACCGCCGCCUACCAAAGACGCUGAAGUUAUUCCUUGAUUUUAGCAGACGUUGGAGCAGUGAAGCCUUGCUUUUCUUUCUCGCCGUUUCGACAGUUGCCUGCCGCUGCAUUUGGGUUAUCAAUCCGUAUUGCGAUUGCGACGCACUCCUUCCGGAGUAUCCAACCAACAAAAUACAUUCUUCAAUCACCAUACUCGGCCUCGCCCAUGAAAAACGGUACACAAUGACAACGGACUCGCAGCGGAAUCCCCUCCGCAAGUUCGUGGGCCGGCUGCGUGCUGGCAGCAUGAGUCUCAUCUCCCCACGAUCUUCUUCCCACAGCAGCCACGACUCUGGCCACAACAGUCACAGCUUCUCACCGCGGCGAAGGACAAACUCUCCACGCAACUCCCUGUCUAGUCUCGCGGCCGCAGCGGCCCGCGAAGCUGGCCUCUCCCUCGACCUCUGGAACGCGGCGUACGACAGUCUCCGCGACGGGCCGUCCACCUCGGGACUUGUCCUGACGUACGAGUCCAUCGUAUCGCAGGAGCUGCCGAGUCACAUGAAGACUGGCGGAAUGACGAUGAAUUUUCGCGGGCGUUCCGACGAGGACCGUCUACGGCUUUUACAGGAGAUUAUGGGCGCUGGUCUCGGAAAGAGGAGGGGCUCGCGGACAAACCAGGGCGAGUCGCAGGCGCGUACGACGAUUGAUGCUGCUAAAGCAGCUAUUGACGCUGUGGUACCGUUAUAUAUGUCGUCGGCAGUUGCGUGGGCCGGAAUAUGCACUAUGACACCGCUCCUCUUGGAUCCUAUUUUACGACUUGAUUACAUGUACGCUGGGUUUUCUCAUGUACUCGGUCGCAUAGACUUUUACAUGACACUCGCAUCCCUGCUAGUCCCGGGGAGUUGGCGCGACGAAGCCAAGUUUCGAUCGCAGCAAGACGCCGUACGCGACCAGAUAUCACGACAAUAUCGGAAAAUCCUGGAAUUUGAGAUGAAUUGCGUGUGUGCGGCCGGUAGCGCUUGGAACCCGGCGGCAAAGAACGUGGUGGACUGGAACGGCCUGGCGGAGAUGAUCAAGCGAAUCGAGGAAGCCGACGAAGAACUCGUGGAUCGAAUCAAAGUUAACACGACAGCUGUGGCGAGGCACAGGCUACUAAAGAGUUACAAAGAUUUGGAGCCACUGGCGAUGUCGGCAGACUCGAUGAACCAUCAUCACAUGGCCGCCAUUGCGACGGCGGUGGCUGCUUGA